GGCAGAUGUAAGGAAGAAAUUCUUCUUUUUCUUGGACGGCAUUCGAGAAAAUUGUGAAAUUUUUGUUAAAACAAGUUUUGAAAUUAUUCCUCGAAUGAUUAAAAAAUUAGACGAUCCAAAAUUUAUUAAUAUUGUGACUGAGGAAGGUAAUUUAGAAAUGCUUGAUGAAUUGGGUUUAAAAAUGAAAGAAAACAAAAAUGUGGAAGAAUUAACGGAUAUAAUUCUAUCAAAUAUUAAUCAAUGGGGAAAAGGAAUUUAUGAAGUUAACAAAGAGAAGCCUGCUUCAGAUAAAAAGGAAGUUAAAAAGCUACAGGUUAAUGAUGAAAUUAAAGAGACAAAUGAGGUUAAAAAAUUGGAGGUAAUAACGAUUACUCGAUAA